AUGUCAGACGAAACAAAAUCAUGCCCCAGCACUCAGCGUCCUGCCAGCACUGAUGCUGCAAAUGCCGUUGGUCCCCUUGAGGAGGACGAAUACCCUCCGUUCCUAACUGUCCUGAUCACCGUCGCGGCGGUGAUGUUCACGUCUUUUCUCGUCGCACUGGACCGAACCAUCAUUGCGACCGCCAUCCCUGUUAUCACCGACCACUUCAACUCCCUGGGAGAUGUAGGUUGGUACGCUUCCGCCUACCUCCUGACCAUGUCCGCCUUUCAACUCUUCAUGGGCCGAGUCUACACCUUCUAUAAUCCGAAAUGGGUCUAUAUCUCGUGUGUUGGAAUCUUCGAACUCGGCUCCUUGAUCUGCGGUGCUGCUCCCACUUCCACCGCGCUCAUUAUCGGUCGUGCCAUCGCAGGCUUGGGCAGUGCAGGCAUCUUCUCUGGGGCAAUUAUCAUCAUCGUCUACCUUGUCCCACUGUCCAAACGUCCAGCCUGGACCGGCAUGGCUGGAGCCGUCUUCGCCGUCGCCUCCGUCGCUGGACCACUAUUGGGCGGCGUCUUCACAGACAAAGUCUCCUGGCGAUGGUGCUUCUAUAUCAAUCUCCCCAUCGGAGGAGCCACCGUGGUGGUUUUGGUAUUUGUCCUUAAUCUCCCUAAGAAAGAGAAGGCGAAGGUCCAUCUCCAGCAACAAGUUCAUCAAAUGGACCCGAUCGGCACAUGUGUCUUCGUCCCGGCCAUCGUAUGUCUCCUCCUCGCCCUCCAAUGGGGCGGAGUGACCUACCACUGGUCGGACGCGCGGAUCAUCGUUCUCCUUAUUCUUUCAGGCAUACUCUUCCUCGGCUUCAUGUGGAUUCAACACUGGCGACAAGAAAACGCCACAAUUCCCCCACGCAUCCUCAAGACCCGAUCCGUUGCCGCAGGGGUUACCUACGCUUUCUUCUCCGGCUCAGGAAUGAUGUCUAUGGUCUACUUCCUUCCAAUCUGGUUCCAAGCCAUCAAAGGCGCCUCGGCCGUGCACUCUGGUAUCAUGAACUUGCCGGCGAUUCUGGCCAUGACGCUCGCAGCCAUGAUGGCCGGAUUCCUCACGCGCAAAAUCGGCUAUUUCACACCGUGGAUGUACGUGUCCUCCCUCCUCACCCCAAUCGGCGCAGGCCUGAUCUCUACAUUCUCCACCACCACGGCACACCCGGCGUGGAUCGGAUAUCAAAUCCUCUGGGGCUUCGGCCUGGGGCUGGGAAUGCAACAACCCAGCGUGGGCGCACAAGUAUCACUGGCCAAAAAAGAUGUCCCAACCGGCGCUUCGAUGAUGUUCUUUGCCCAGACUCUCGGCGGAUCCAUCUUCGUUAGCGUCGCCAACAACAUCUUCGACAACAAGCUUGCCCAGGGCUUACGGACCAUCCCCGGCAUCAAUCCCGACGUCAUCUCGAACGUCGGCGCCACUGAUCUACGAGACGUCGUUCCCUCCCAGAACCUGCACAGUGUGCUGGUGGUAUACAACGGGGCGCUCCGGAACGCAUUUUAUGUCUGUACCGCCGUCAGCGCUACAACUAUAUUCGGCAGCUUGGCUAUGGAGUGGAAGAAUUUGAAGAAAGUUGAAGCCGAGCAGAAGGCUGCUGCUGCCAAAGCUAAGAUUGAAUCUGAACAAUCGAGGAAGCCCAGUUCGACCGGGACAGUGGAAGCACAGCCGCAUCAACAGCAUUCGCCACCGCAACCUCCACCUGCUGCGGCGGAGGAAAAGAAGAUCGAAGAAGUCUGA